AUGGCUGCAGCGGCGGCGGUACCGGCACCUCCGAGCCCCUCCGGCGGCGACGCGCAGCGCCCGUCCCGCGGCGGCCCCGGCGGCGGCGGCGGCGGCAGCGACGGCAAGAGCGGCGGCCCGGGCGCGGUGGAGCUGGCGGCGGCGCGGCGGCGGCUGGUGGCGGCCGAGGGGCGGCGGCGGGCGGCGGCCGAGCUGGAGGGGCGGGUGCGGCAGGUGCACUGCGCGCUGCUGCACGCCGAGCUGCGCCUGGCCGCCCGCGCCGAGACCCUGGGCCGCCUCGGGGCCGGCGUGGCCCAGGCGCAGCUCGCCCUGGCCGCGCAGAGCCAGCGGCUGCAGAAGGGGCUGCGCCGCCGCCCGCGGCCCCGGCCCGGAGCGCUGCUCGCCGCCGCCCGCGCCCUCCGCAGCUGCGUGCCCUGGGCCCCCGCACGGAGCCGCGGGGCCGCCGCCGGCACCCCCGUGCGCCGCCUGCCCGCCGCCAGCCGCGGCUCCGCCUAG